AUGUCCCGCUCGGCCUUGACACUCCUCAGCCUUGCCGGCCUCGCCGCCGCGGCAGUCGAUAUCACGGCCCUAAACAAGAACGUCUCGGCAACGUCCGGGACGGGUGCGGUUAGCGCAGCGGGGACGCUGGAGCCGUUCGGCGGUGUCGGGGUCGGGUGCGGUAUCAACUGGGCUGAGGGAGAGAGCUACGGAGGUGGUCUGCAAUCUGGCUCCGAAUCCUUCGGCCUCGGCGGUGGGUUCACCAUCACCGAGAAAACGAUGACUAUCGGCCUCGGCAUCGGCGUCAACGGACCGCUCAGCUUCAAUACCACUGUCGACUACGAGGCCUCGACAAAUGGCAGCGCGAGCGUCGUCUUCACCUCGACUAAGGAGAUCAAGUGUGAGGAGACAACAGUGAACGGCCUCAAAGGCUUCCGGUGCACUUCGGCUUAG